CCUCUCCCCAAUUUCAACGGGGGAACAUCAAACCGGAGGUCGCACCAUCUUCUUCCUCCUCCGAUCUUCAUCUCUCUCUCUCUCGUCCCAUCUUCGCCGCCGCCAUGAAUGGCAACAGCAGCAGCAAGCCGCCGGCAUGGGCGGCGGGGAGCGGGAGCGGGGGCUACGAGAGCGGCAGCGACCACGAGGGCGCCGGCGCCGGCCCCGGGGGCGUGCGGAAGCCGCUGCUGGUCCAGAACACGGGCAGCUGGUACCGGAUGGGGUCGCGCCAGUCCAGCCUCACGGCGGGCACCUCCUCCAUGGCCAUCAUGAAGGAGUCGCACGUCUCCGCCUUCCUCUGCACGCUCAUCGUCGCGCUCGGCCCCAUCCAGUUCGGCUUCACGGGGGGCUUCUCCUCGCCCACCCAGGACGCCAUCAUCAAGGACCUCGGCCUAUCUAUCUCCGAGUUCUCCGUAUUCGGGUCGCUGUCCAACGUCGGCGCCAUGGUCGGGGCCAUCGCCAGCGGGCAGAUGGCCGAGUACAUUGGCCGGAAAGGGUCAUUGAUGAUCGCGGCGAUUCCUAACAUCAUCGGUUGGCUUGCCAUCUCCUUCGCAAAAGACACAUCUUUCCUGUACAUGGGGCGAUUGCUUGAAGGGUUUGGUGUUGGUGUCAUAUCCUACGUGGUCCCAGUAUACAUAGCAGAGAUUUCUCCUCAGAACAUGAGAGGUGCUCUAGGCUCCGUGAACCAGCUGUCUGUAACAAUUGGCAUCAUGUUGGCCUACUUGCUCGGCAUGUUUGUUCCUUGGAGGAUGCUUGCAGUGAUAGGAAUAUUGCCAUGCACAGUGUUGAUACCUGGCCUAUUCUUCAUUCCAGAAUCUCCAAGAUGGCUGGCAAAGAUGAACAAGAUGGAUGAUUUCGAAACCUCUCUACAAGUAUUGCGGGGAUUUGAGACGGAUAUCACCUCAGAAGUGAAUGAUAUUAAGAGAGCGGUAACAUCAUCAAACAAAAGGGCUGCAAUCCGCUUCCAAGAGCUAAACCAGAAGAAAUUCCGCAUGCCCCUGAUACUAGGAAUUGGCCUGCUUGUACUACAACAGCUAAGUGGAAUCAAUGCUGUACUGUUUUAUGCAAGCAGCAUCUUUAAAGCUGCAGGUCUUACAAACAGUGACUUGGCCACAUUUGCACUUGGAGUUAUUCAGGUUCUUGCCACUGGAGUAACAACCUGGUUAGUAGACAGAGCUGGUCGACGGAUCCUACUCAUUAUUUCUACUGCCGGGAUGACUAUAAGCCUUCUUGCCGUUGCUGUUGUAUUUUUUGUCAAGGACACUGUUUCACAAGAUUCUCACCUGUACUUCGUAUUAAGCAUGGUCUCCUUGGUUGCCAUUGUGGCGUAUGUGAUCGCCUUCUCCUUCGGUAUGGGAGCAAUUCCAUGGGUCAUAAUGUCUGAGAUCCUCCCGGUUAGCAUCAAGAGUCUCGCUGGAAGUUUCGCGACCCUGGCUAACUGGCUGACUUCCUUUGGGAUAACGAUGACGGCGAACCUUCUGCUCAGUUGGAGUGCUGGAGGUACCUUCGUGUCGUACAUGCUUGUGACCGCGUUCACCCUCGUGUUCGUCAUCCUCUGGGUGCCGGAGACCAAGGGAAGAACUCUCGAGGAGAUCCAAUGGUCCUUCCGCUGAUCGAGCUCCACUAU